AUGAUUGGCAUUCAAUUUCCGAGCCUCGCUCCAUCCACGCUAGCUUUAAUUAGCCGAGCAGCCACAGCCGUUAUCUUCUACAGAUCGUUUUCACUCGACGUCGGCGGCGCUGGCUUGAGAGAGUCAGAUCCUCGACUGGAAUUUGGUUGGCGAGACCCCGAGCUACCUGAGGUCAUCCAGAUGUUGCAGCAUCAGUUCCCCUCGGUUCAGUCCAACGCUGCCGCGUACCUGCAGCAUCUGUGCUUUGGGGACAACAAGAUUAAAGCAGAGAUCCGGAGGCAGGGUGGGAUCCCCCUGCUGGUGGACCUACUGGAUCAUCGGAUGGCAGAAGUUCACCGGAGCGCCUGUGGAGCUCUGAGGAACCUCGUCUAUGGGAAAGCUAACGACGACAACAAGAUCGCUCUGAAGAACUGCGGUGGAAUCCCAGCGUUGGUGCGUCUACUGAGAAAAACCUCAGACGUGGACAUCCGUGAGCUAGUUACAGGUGUGUUAUGGAACCUCUCGUCAUGUGACGCCCUGAAGAUGCCCAUCAUCCAGGAUGCUCUGGCCGUCCUGACCAACACCGUGAUCAUCCCUCUGUCUGCCUGGGACGUCUCGCCGCAUCAGGAGGAUCGCAAACUGCAGAUGCACGCUUCGCUCGUCUUGCGCAACGCCACCGGGUGUCUGAGGAACGUGAGCUCGGCCGGAGAGGAGGCGAGGAGGAGGAUGAGGGAGUGUGAAGGUCUGACAGACGCUCUGCUCUUCGUCAUCCAGACUGCUUUGGGGAGCAGUGAGAUUGAUAGCAAGACCAUAGAAAACUGUGUGUGCAUAUUGAGGAACCUCUCGUACCGACUGGCUGCAGAAACUUCUCAGGGACAGCAGAUGGGCACCGAGGAGCUGGACGACCUUCUGUGCAGCGACUCCAACGGCAAGGACGGAGAGAGUUCGGGCUGCUGGGGGAAGAAAAAGAAGAAGAAGAAGGCGCUGGAUCAGGUGCGGAGCGUGCUGGCAGGAGCUUGUAUUUGUUACCUCAGCAUGUCAUUAGCUCAGACAAUUUUUUUUCCAGCGAGAGAACUCCUGAAAUGUUUCCUCCUCUGUCUCUUCUCUGACCUUGUAGGGAAGUACGCGAUGAGGGAUCUGAUCCACCGCCUUCCUGGGAGCAGUAACGCCAGCACCAGUGGUAGCACCAACAACAGCACGACGAGCAAAACGAUGUCUGACGACACGGUGACGGCGAUCUGCUGCGCCCUGCACGAGGUCAUCACCAAGAACAUGGAGAAUGCCAAAGCACUGCGAGAUGCCGGCGGCAUCGAGAAGCUCAUCGGCAUCGCCAGGAGCAAAGGAGACAAACAUUCGCCCAAGGUUGUGAAAGCAGCAGCUCAGGUCCUGAGCAGCAUGUGGCAGUACAGAGAUCUGCGCAGCCUUUACAAGAAGGACGGUUACUCUCAGUAUCACUUUAUCGGCUCUGCUUCGACGAUAGAAAGGGACAGACAGCGACCGUACUCUUUCUCACGCACGCCUUCCAUCUCUCCGGUCCGGACCUCGCCCAACAAUCGCUCAGCGAGCGCCCCCGCCUCACCCAGAGAGAUGAUCAGCCUCAAGGAGAGGAAGACGGACUACGAGUCCACUGGAACCAAUGCUAGUUUCCAUGGAAACAAAGGCGAACACUCAUCCAGGAAAGACGCCGCAGCAGUUCAAGUCUCGUGUGGAACCUCGACGCUGUUCCGCAACUCCUACGCGACUCCAAACGAAGAGGUGAAGCACAACCAGAUCUCGGCCCAUCCCGCUCCACAGGAGAGCGUCCGAAAGGACUACGAGAUGCUUCCUCCGUUUCAGAACUCCACUAGGAACUUUGAAGAGCCUUUUUUUGAAGACCAGGUCCAUCGGCCUGCUCCCGCCACCGACCUCAGCAUGCACCUGGGACUCAAGUCCACCGGGAACUACGUGGACUUCUACUCGGCCGCACGUCCCUACAGCGAACUUAACUACGAGACGAGUCACUACCCUGCCUCGCCCGACUCAUGGGUGUAGGACUCCACGAAUGAUGACCCCUCCCUUCGGAUGACCCCCGCGGCUGACCCCUGACACCACACACACACACCCGAACCUCCCCUCCCACCCUCCCAGGGACUCCUGAAUCCACCCAAAUCCGGGUGCUUGCAAAGAGAGGCUGGAAAACUGUGCAUGUGCAUGCAUACCACAUUCGCGUCGACACAUUCCGUCCGUCAGAAGGCUCGUUCCGGGAAAAGAGCAAGGUCGAAGAGGGAACAUCGGAACGUCAGCACAGAAAAAAAGGAAAGGAUUUACCGUACGAACGACGAUGGAAAGUUUUGACCUUGGAAGGGUUUUGAAAGGGAUCUGUAAGGUAGGGAAAGAGACGCGGACAAAUCCGGACGGAAUUCCGGGAACAGCUUUUCACUUUUUUUUUUUUUUUUUGUUCUGGUUUUGUUUCACCAUCUCAUUGUGAGUCAUGUUGAGUUUGAAUGUUUGAGACGUGUUUAAGAUUUUUCCAGCCUUUUUAUCUAUCUGUGUUCCUCCUCCCGGUUUGAACUCUGUACUCGAUCGGUGUACGUUACACUGCUGCCACUCGGAGGUGACUUCGGAGCUUCUUUUACAGCACAAGAGGAAAAAAAAAAACCUAGACCACUUUUAUUUCGGAGGACGGUCUCAGCUAUGCGUUAUUCUCAGACAGGGUAUCGUAUCCGAUGGAGGAGUUCCGUCCGGCGCGACGUAUUGAAAGCGGUCCUGAGAUCAUUCCACUCUCCGUGUCGACGACAUGCUUUCUCACUGCCGAAAAACAGAGAUGUAGAUAUUUGAACUUUUUUUUUGUUUUGUCACUUUUUUUUUUCUUUAUUCGAGGCAAAAAACGUUCAAACAGAAAAAUUCGAACGAUACGACGGUCCGUCGUCCGUCGAUAACCCGAGCAUCCGGAUGACCGACGUCGUGCCAAACGAGAAAAAUCACCACUGGAAAUGUUUUAACCCAAAUCUAAAUUCUUUAUUUACUUUCCACCAUUUCACCCUGUUGGUCAUGAACGUGUCGUGGUUAAUUUUUUUUGUUUGUUUGUUUGAUUGUUUUUUACUGGAAUUAAGCUACUCGUCUAGACGACACUGGAGUAACAAGCCGGAGAGCGAGAUCUCUCCACGCUUCAUUUCCUCCAAAGAUGUACAAAAAGCGUCUCUGUGUGUUAGCCGAGUGUGUGCCGUGUGUCGUCCACGUCCCAGAUGAUGACAGACCGCGUGGCUUCUAGCGUCCGACUUCUGGCGAAAGCACCGUGAAAAAAAAAAAAAACCUACUAGCCUGAGAUGUUCAUAGAGAAUGAUGACGAUGAUAUAAAUAUACGUAUAAAUAUAAAUCUAUAUCAUUUUUAUGUGCAGAUAUCGGUGUCAUGAAAAAGCAACAAAACGGCAAGAAAAGACUUGUAUUAAAAAAUCCUGUUCACUUUAAUGUUCUAAAUCCGACAGAGAAAAAAAAAGAAAGGAGAAGAAAAAAAGAAGACGAAGAUGAAUGAUAACGUCGAUCCCCGGUCUCAGUUGUUGUUGUUUCCGAGCUCCAUAGAUAAUCAGGCUGGAUUUUAAUGAUGUUCUGAUGCCAGGACAAUAAAAUUACUGUUUGCAAUCUUU